CUCGGUAGUUGUGUACGAGUGUGUUGUGUUGACGCUUCAGUCUCAGGUCUUGGGGGAGAAAUAUCUACGAAAAAUAUCAUUCUUACUUGGAAUUUGUGAUAAAUAGGACGCUUCUUGUGCUCAUCUCCAACUCUAGCUGUACAUCCGGCUAUGAAGUGGAUUAGAUGGUUAGAAAAAUCACUGUAGGACUUGCUAUGAAGUGUUGUGGUGAAAAAGUGUGGUUAUGUUUACUCCAGUGACUAUUUAUCCUGUGAAUUUUGUGCAGUUUUUACCCAAAAAGUACCCCAAUCACCACAGAUAUCCCCAACAGAUUGAUGUAAAGAUGACCAGAAAGCACGGCUGAGGGACACUGUGCGUGGGGUUGAGGAUUUGGAAAUGCAUUACAGCGAAAAACGCUCCACACCAACAUCCACAAUGCCAUAUCAGACAUAUGGACUGCCCAGCUAUGUCCAAUCACCACCCAGUCCACCAGCUCAGCAAUCGUCCGGACAGGCCAAUCAGGCGGCUCAUGGGGCCCUUGUGCCCAGGAUUGUGGGCAGUGGUGGUGGUGGAGUGGUGCCUGUGGUCACAACACAACCCCAGGCCUCCAUAACGGCCGUAUACAGGCCCCAGAAUGAGGAUAAGAGGCUGACGCGUGAGGCAAUGGGGCGCUACAUGAGGGAGAGAAAUGACAUGGUUAUUGUGAUUUUGCAUGCAAAGGUUGCCCAGAAAUCUUAUGGGAAUGAGAAGAGAUUCUUCUGUCCACCACCCUGUAUCUACCUCUUUGGCAAUGGCUGGCGGCAUCGGCAGGAGGAGAUGCUGCACAAGGGUGAGUGUCGGGAGGGUGUUCAACUGGGUGCUUACAUUGGUAUUGGGAAUUCUGAGCAAGAUAGUCAGCCAUUGGAUCUGAACAAUGACAAGCAAUAUUGUGCAGCUAAGACUCUCUUUAUCUCGGAUUCGGACAAACGGAAGCAUUUUAUGUUGUCCGUGAAGAUGUUCUAUGGCAAUGGUCAGGACAUUGGGGUGUUCAAUUCGAAGCGGAUCAAAGUGAUUUCGAAGCCAUCGAAGAAGAAGCAAUCGCUAAAGAAUGCUGAUUUGUGCAUUGCCAGUGGAACAAAUGUUGCACUAUUUAAUCGUCUACGAUCCCAAACGGUAUCCACAAGGUAUCUUCAUGUGGAAAAUGGACAUUUUCAUGCUAGUUCAACACAAUGGGGAGCUUUUACAAUUCACCUGUUGGAUGACAAUGAGAGUGAAUCUGAGGAGUUUCAGGUGCGCGAUGGCUAUGUCCAUUAUGGAUCAACGGUGAAGCUAGUGUGUUCAGUGACGGGAAUGGCUCUGCCCAGGUUGAUAAUUCGCAAAGUGGAUAAACAAAUGGCACUUUUGGAGGCAGAUGAUCCAGUAUCACAGUUGCACAAAUGUGCCUUCUACAUGAAGGAUACUGAACGCAUGUAUCUCUGUCUGUCGCAGGAGAAGAUUAUCCAAUUUCAGGCUACACCAUGCCCAAAGGAGCCCAACAAAGAGAUGAUCAAUGAUGGAGCAUGCUGGACAAUUAUUUCCACGGAUAAGGCUGAGUAUCAGUUUUACGAGGGUAUGGGACAUGUGAGAUCACUCGUGACACCAGUGCCAAUAGUCAAUUCACUUAAUCUCAAUGGAGGAGGCGAUGUGGCAAUGCUGGAGCUCACUGGAGACAAUUUUACGCCACAUCUUCAAGUUUGGUUUGGUGAUGUCGAAGCUGAAACCAUGUACAGAUGUGCAGAGACUCUUCUCUGUGUUGUCCCGGACAUAUCACAAUUUCGCGGUGAAUGGCUCUAUGUGCGACAGCCGACUCAAGUGCCUAUAUCUCUGGUGAGGAAUGACGGUGUCAUUUACGCCACUGGACUUACCUUCACGUACACUCCGGAACCUGGACCGAGGCAGCACUGUGGUCCAGCGGAUGAUGUUAUGAGAGGUAAAGGACGACACCACAAUAAUAACAACAACAACACCUCAUCUACAAAUGCACUCCCAUCGAUGGAUGUUCAUACGUGGAAUUCCCAUGGACAGAUGCCCUGAUUCCGAAUGAUGUGGGUGAGGGAUGGGCAGGAUGAGAUUCCAGAGAUAAUGUGCAAGAGUGUGCCGGGGAUUGGGACAAAGAUUGGUAGGAAUUGUGUGAGUGUUUAAUUGUAAAAUCUUCGGAUUUCUUUUUUUCUGUGAGAAAUUUUUAAACAAGAUUUAAGUGAGAGAGAGAAAAAGAAAAGAAAAAAAAUUCUGUGGUGGUGAGUGUUUGAGGAAGAUUGUUCAGAGGGAUUUCCAGAUUGCCAAAGAAGGAGAGAAAACAAGUUUUUUUUAUGUUAUGAUGAAAAAUGUGGGAGAAAGUGAGAAAAAUGCUCCAUCUGGAAAUCGUAAGACAGUCAAUUUUCCUCCACUUCAUUAUAUAUAUUUUUUUAAUUUUAAUUUUCGAUAGAACAAAAAGGGUACUGAAGAUUCUUUCCAUGUUUAUUUGAUAAAGUAAAAAAAAUACAAAGUGUUUGUGAAUGACAGAGAAGAGUUAAAAUUUAUAUUUUUUAAUAUAUUCGCUCUGUAAACAUUGCUUAAAAUGAACACAAAAAAAUGAGAGUUGUGAACGGGCAUUUUUUUUUCGAUGAAUCGUGUGAAUGAGUUAUUAAUUUAAUAUUUAGUUUUAAUUUUAGAAAAGACAGUAAAAAAAACAGAACUUCAUCUUAUUGUUGAGGGACGAUUUUCUCACACCCAAUUUGCAAUUCAAAUUGAAGUAUUUAAAAAAAGAAGAAAAAAAAGAGAAAAAGAGAGUACAUAAAGAUUAUAUCCAGUACAGUAAAUGCAUGUGUAUCGUAUAGUUAAUUAUAUUACAUAAAAAAAAACCAGCAACGGUGUGUGAGAAAGGAUUUAUAUCAGAUUUAUCUAUUUCUUUCUUAAUUUCUUUCAAUUAUUUAAUAGAUUUUAAUGUUUCGUAUUUCUUUCAAAUGAUUUCUCUAUUCUCGAAUAUACAAGCAAUCACAACAAAAAGGGAAUCAGAAUGGAGAAAUUACAUUAAUUAAAACACAAACCACAUUCUUGUCAUUAAAUUUAUUUAUGAUGUUUUUUUUUUAAUUAUUUGUAAUUUAGUAUUUUUGAGGACUUUUACCCCCCAUCCACUUUUAAUUGAUGCUCUCUCUUCUUUCAAACUUUCCUUUUAUAAACUAUAUAUUUUCUCUGAAAGAAUAAUAUCUUUUAUAAAUAAAUAUAUUGAGGUAAAAUAUAUUAUUUUUUAUUUGUGAAGAGGAAAAACAAUCGAUGUAAUUAAGCAUCUUAUUUAUUUUAGUCAUUCUCCAUUAGUUUUAUAUAAUAUAUUUAAAAUGAAGAACAGUGAGAAGAAAAAAUAGUUAAAUAUGACUGUCAUCGAAGAAAUUACAAUAUUAGUAAUAUUCUUUAUAUUUACUAUAAAUAAUGAGUGUAGCUUUUACUGCAGGAAAAGAAAACAAGAAUGAUACAGAAAUGAUUACAAUAUGUAUUAAUAAAAUAGUACGAGAAAAAUAAAACAGAAAUCAAAACACCUGAAAAA